CGGGUCUUGGCGUGGCCAUAGUAGGAUUCGUUAAUUCGCAGUCGACUGUGGGUCCAUGGCCAGGGCGUGUCAGGAGCUUGUAAAUAAAAACUGAAGCUGCACGCUGAAGUCUUCCUGUAUCUGAAAGACUGCCAAAUCCCCCUAGGAGCACCAGGAAAGUCUCUGUCAACACGAUGGCAUCUCCAACCCCUCUCUCCAAGGCCAACACCACCUUCUCUCUGGCUUUGCUCCAAAAGUUCGGAGAUGGCGAUAAGACGGCAAACAUCUUCUACUCUCCUUUCAGCAUCUCUUCAGCCCUGGCUAUGGUGAUGCUGGGGGCCCGAGGGAACACAGCCACCCAGAUGUCUGAGGUCCUCCGCUUCACUAAGGCAGAAAAGCCACGGCAUGGAGCAAAGCAGAUGCAGGGGCAGCAGCAGCAGGUCCAGUCCAGACUGCCAGCGCAUCUGCUGAAGGGGUGCCUGAAAACCAAGGAUUGUCAGGAUGAUGUCCAUGUUAGCUUUGCCCAGCUGCUGAGCGAGCUCAACAAGGCUGAUGCUCCUUAUGCCCUCAGUGUUGCCAACAGGCUGUACGGGGAGCAGUCCUAUCAGUUUGUUGAGGAUUUCUUAGGAAAAACCAAAAAGCACUACAAAGCAGAGCUGGAGACUGUGGACUUCAAAGGUGGCUCAGAGGCCGCCAGACUCAACAUCAACAGCUGGGUGCAGAAGCAGACUCAAGAUAAAAUUAAGGAUCUGCUGGGCCAAGGUGUGGUGGACAGCAUGACCAGGAUGGUGCUGGUUAAUGCCAUCUACUUCAAAGGCAACUGGAACACGCAGUUUAAGACGAGUGCCACACAGGAUGCUCAGUUUAGACUCAACAAGAAUGACACUAAGCCAGUGAAGAUGAUGCACCAGAAAUCCAAGUUCCCUUUGACCUACAUUUCUGAAGCCAGCUGCCAGGUCCUAGAGAUGCCUUACAAAGGGAAGGAGCUCAGCAUGCUCAUCUUUUUACCCAAUGAGAUGGAGGACAGUACUACAGGUCUGGAGAAGCUGGAGAAGCAGCUGACCUAUGAGAACUUUACGGAGUGGACGCGUCCAAACAUGAUGGAUAAUGUGGAGGUCCAGGUGGGGCUGCCUCGGUUCAAGAUGGAGGAGUCGUAUGACAUGAAGAAAGUCCUGGUCAGCAUGGGCAUGGUGGAUGCCUUCGACACAGCAAUGAGUGACUUCUCUGGCAUGUCUCCUGCCAACGACCUGGUGCUGUCAAAAGUCGUCCACAAGGCUUUUGUGGAGGUCAACGAGGAGGGAACGGAGGCUGCUGCUGCCACUGGUGUUGUGAUGAUGAUGCGCUGCAUGCCCAUGCGUCCAGCUACCUUCAUCGCAGACCACCCCUUCCUCUUCUUCAUCAGACAUAACCCCUCCAUGAGCGUUCUCUUUGCUGGCAGAUACUGCUCCCCUGAGUGAGCAGUACAUCAUUAGAGUAGUGGUUCUCAACUUAAAGGGGGUUACAAUACAUAAAGAAAAGUAUAAAUACUCUGAGAAUCACAG